AUGUCUUCUCCUACAAUUAAGCUGACUAGUGGCUACGACAUGCCCCGCGUGGGCUUCGGCCUGUGGAAGGUCAAUAAUGACACCUGUGCAGACCAGGUCUACUCAGCUAUCAAGGCUGGCUACCGUCUUCUCGACGGCGCCGCUGACUAUGGAAAUGAAAAAGAGGUUGGCCAAGGUAUUGCGCGCGCCAUCAAGGAUGGUCUGGUCAAGCGCGAAGACCUCUUCGUGGUCUCCAAGCUUUGGAACACCUUCCACGACGGUGACAAGGUCGAGCCCAUUGUGCGCAAGCAGCUGGAGGACCUGGGCGUUGAGUACUUUGACCUGUUUUUGAUCCAUUUCCCCGUCGCCCUCAAAUACGUCGACCCGGCCGAGCGCUACCCUCCUGGAUGGACCAAUGCCGACGGUAAGGUCGAGUUUAGCAAGGCAACAAUCCAAGAAACAUGGCAGGCUGUGGAGUCGCUGGUCGACAAGAAGCUUGCUCGCAGCAUCGGUGUCAGCAACUUCAGCGCUCAGUUGAUCAUGGAUCUCUUGCGCCAUGCUCGCAUCCGCCCGGCCGCUCUCCAGAUCGAGCAUCACCCUUACCUCCAGCAAAAGGAACUUGUCAAGUAUGUCCAGGGAGAGGGUAUUGCCAUCACCGCCUACUCCUCGUUCGGUCCUCUUAGCUUCAUCGAGUUGGACAUGAGCCGAGCCCAGAGCACGCCCACUCUGUUCGAGCAUGACAUCGUCAAGUCGGCCGCCGCGAAGCAUGAUAAGACCCCUGCCCAGGUUCUACUGCGCUGGGCCACGCAAAGAGACAUUGCUGUUAUUCCCAAGAGUAACAACCCUGCUCGUCUGGCUCAGAACCUGGAUGUCACCGGAUGGAGUCUGGAGCAGGCCGAGAUCGACGCCAUCAACAAUCUAGACCUGAACCUCCGUUUCAACGACCCGGUCAAUAGUCUUAAACGAUAG